AAGUGCUUGUAGCAUGUAAUUAUGUGCUGCGAUUAGUUUACCUUACGUUUUAAGGUAGUUUAACGUGAUUCUAUCGGUAGACUAUCGUCUCCUCGUGACGACGAUAAUUCCACGAGUGCGGGUGUCAAUAACGUUACAAUUCUAACCACCGCGCUUCUUUGUUGCUCUUUGUUUUGCUUGCUGACAAGCCUAUUCUUCAUUGUUUACUUCUUCAAUCAUGUAGUGGUCAAUUUCUUCCAAUGAUUGCCAAAGGUUGCCCGAAAUGCGACCAGCAGGUCCCUGUAGCAUGCAAAGCAUGUCCUUGUGGCCAUUCUUUCUUUAAUGCUAGAAAAACAGCAAAAGUCACUUCUAUUGCCAAUCCACAAGACGAUAUACGUCGACGCACGCAGCGCGUACGUCGAGAAAAACCAGAUUAUUAUGAUGCAUUGGAGUAUGAUAAGCAGGUCAAAAAGACAAAAACCAGGCACAGUGAAUGUGAUAAUGAUGAAGAUGGUAUAGCACGGCGUGAAUUAUCGAAACCAAAAAGAAAAAAGAUGAAAAAAGAGGAGGAUGAUGAUGAUGAUAUCAUGGCAAAUCUAAGCCCAGAAAAACACCUGCAGUGUUCAUUGAUUUUAGAAGAAUUAAACAGGAAAAUGCAGGUAGUCACAUGGAAACCUUCAGAUUAAGGUUGAACGUCAUCUUGAGAUAGUAUAGUUCUUAAAGAAGAUCUCAGUUGAUUCGCCAAUAUGUGAAAACAAUGUUUUAUAUUGUUUUCUACUCAUGGGUAAUGUGUCAUUUGUAGAAUUAAGUAAAGUAAUCAAUAAUGGUGUGCAAUUUACGAAUAAAAAGUCAUAACAUACAUUAAA